AUGUCUACAUGUAAUCCUCCUCAAAUCCAAAACUUUGAGAUGGACGCGCCAAAGGCAAUUUGCGAUAUCUACACCUGCCCGAUAUGUCGUAACCUCAUGGCAGCACCGAUUUACAUGUGCGUGAUGGGUCACAGCUUUUGCGACCGCUGCUACCUGCAAAUUAGCAAGUGCCCGACGUGCAGAGAUGUAAUUGGUUCGUUACGCAACUACGCAAUGGAACGUAUCCAGAAGAACUUCGUCUUUCCCUGCUCCAAUGCGGAUGAAGGUUGCACGUUUAAAGGUUCAACGGAAGAAAUGAAGCAGCACGAGCCGUACUGCAGCUUCUCCAUCACACGAUGCCCUUUGAAACCAAACGACGAUUGCAGAUGGACCGGAUACCGGAAAGAUAUGGCAAACCAUGCGACAGGAUGUCAUCCCUCGAACGCGUUCACAACGUCAAUCGCUACGCUACGAUGUCCCAGGAGCAUCACUGGAAAUUGCUGUAUGCUGUACUUUAACUCGUAUGGAAAACACUUCCUUGGUUUGUGGCACUACGACAUCAAAUCACAAUGCAUGAACUGGAGCGUGCUGUACUUGGGGCCACCCACGGAAGCGGAAACGUAUCACUUUACCUUGGUGAUUGAAGAUCAAAGUGAUCCUGACGGCUCCUUCAUUUACACGGGAAGAUGCCACUCGGCUGCGAACUGUGACGUCAACAGGGAAGAAAUUCAUGUCAACAUAGACGCCUUUCAUCUCCUGAGCUUAAUGCGCAACGAAUCCUUUUACUAUACAGUAUCGAUAUAUGACCACGACGUUCCUAAGGAGACCAUUAAAGUGGAUCGUCAAAGUGUUCCCAGGAAUUAUAUGCAGAGCCUUCCGGUUUCUCCUAAGUGGAGACCAUUCACAGCCUCACGACACAGAUUGUCCGAAGAAUGA